GUUGGUCUUGCUGAUCCUGCUGCUGGCGCUGCCCUGGGGACCCGUAGCCCAGGUGGAGGUCCUGGUGCAGCCCAGCUUUGAUGCCCAGAAGGUACUGGGGACCUUGUAGGCUGGAGGGAUGGGGACCGAGCCUCCCUGUAACAUCAGUGACAAGGAGUGCUCACCUGCCCUGGCCUGGCAGACCUGUUAGAGCCACCCUCCGUCGGGUCCUCAACAGCCCUGUGUGUGUGUAUGUGGCCCAUUUCACAGCUGGGAGAAUUGAGGCUCCAAGUGCUGUGGCCUCCAGGAUGGGGGCUCAGGCCCAGAGGGCAGAUGGACCCACACCUGGGCCUCAUGAUGAGCCUGUCUACAGGCCCUGGGCUGUCUCCCACGACACCUGGGCAGGCAGGGGCAGCUGCCCCUGCCUGUGGCUCACGGAGCCGCCCCACAGUUCUCCGGCCUCUGGUAUGUGGUGGCUAUGGCGUCCGACUGCCAGGCCUUCCUGGGCGAGAAGGACCACUUUCUGAUGUCCACUAGAAUCGUUAACGCCACUGAGGGAGGCAACCUCAGCGUCCAGGUGCAGGUCCCGAGGGCAGACAGCUGCAGCCAGGUGGACGCCCAGUACCUGAAGGUGGGCUCUGAGGGACACUUCAGGGUUCCAGCCUUGGGCUACCUGGAUGUGCGCGUUGCCAGCACGGACUACGACUCUUUCGCCAUCCUCUUCAUCUCCAAGGAGCUGGAGGGAGCAGCCAGCACAGCGGUGCAGCUCUACAGUCGGACAAGGGACCCCAGCCCCCAGGCCUUGAAGGCCUUCCAUGACUUCUACCCGACCGUCGGCCUGCUGGGCCACACCAUGGCUGAGCUGCCCAGGCCGGGUACGUCAGCUGCUGCCCACCGCCCUCCCUAG